UUGUUACUAGGAUAUACUAAAAUGCAGCAAGUAUCAUAUAGCUUAAAGUAUUACACUCUCCUUCUCUCCUUAUUCUCUGCAGCAGUUGUCUUCAUCGUUAUACUUUACCUCUCGUGCAAGCAAGAGGCCGUUCUUGUAAGCUUAUCUCUUUACAAAAGCAAGUUCAAGGAAGAACCGACACUUUGGCACAGACUCAAUAGUAAUGACACUGCAGAGAAUGACACUUUGGUUUGGCACAUAGCACACUAUGAGGAUAGAGACUUUCCUUAUGGUGGACCUGCAAUUGUAAUGAUGAUAUUCCACUACUACAACAAGACAUUGCCCUCUUUAUGGCUGAAGACAUGUAACGAUGAAUAUUGUGAUUGCUUGCCACCUCAAUGGGUGCCUCAUGGUAAGUUAGUUAAUAAAAUUCGUAGAGAAGUAAAGUAUUUUUUCAAUGCUGUGUUUGUAAUUCAGCCAAACACCACUUCUGUGUAUGACACUGUUGAUGCAUAUAAUGACAGUAGUUGCACUGAUUCCGGUCUCAUUAUUGAAGAUAUGCCAGUCUAUUAUGAGACAAAGGAGAAGAAGAUUGAGUUUGCUGUGUGCCUCUACAAAGCUAUCAUUGCAAAAGACACUUCCCUACUUGAUGUGGCUUCAUGGAUAGAGAUCAAUCGUGCUAUUGGUGUGGAACAUAUCACAAUGUAUGAUCAAGACAUUGGACCAGAUAUCAUGAGACUAUUGAAAAACUAUGAAAAGGAAGGUUUUGUAAAGCUUAUUGGUUGGAAAAUAUACAACCCAGACUUUAGAAUAGCGUACAAUGGUCAGUUGGCUACUGCUAAUGAUUGCUUUUACAGGUACUUAAGGAGAGCUAAGUAUGUUCUGUUUAUUGAUUUAGAUGAGCUGAUUAUACCACACUCCACUACAACCCUUGGGGAUAUGAUUACUAGCUUAAGUAAAUUUAAAAAUAUCAGUCAAUAUCGAUUCUAUAACUCAUUCUGGCAUGAAUCACAAAUAUCACUGGUUUACAAUGAUACCAAAAAACUUCCAAUUCAUUUUAGACGUCUGGAACGAACUAAAAAUCCACCAGAAACAAAAAGAUAUAAGAAUAUCAUUAGAAUGGAAGCAGCAGUAAGAAUAGGCAUUCAUCACGUCUAUCAUAUGAAGAAAGGUUACAAGAGGUAUCAAGUACCAGAACAUAUUGGACUAAUGCAUCACUAUAGGACACCAGAUUAUGCUAAAGAUGAGAAACAGUUGACUGAAAAGAUAAUGUCAAGAUACUUUAAUACUGUUAUGAAAAGACUCACACAAAUGACUGACAGCUAUUAAACUAACUGUACUGCGCUAUGUUCACAUGUACAUACUGAUACAUUAUGGCUUCCAUUUACUAAUAGUGUACAGUAAAAUACU